AAAAUACUUUGGUGAGUUUGCAGUUGCCCAGCACUGUGCAAAAUGAAGUUAAUGUUGCUUUACCUAGCAUGCUGCAUUGCAGUGGGAACAUCAGCUCGCGAGAGAGGCUUGUUUCUGAACUUGAAAAAUGGAGAGCUUUGCGUUGGAAGCUUUCAGUGUAAGAGUAACUGCUGUCAACGAGACACUGCAUUGAGUCUUGCAAGGUGUGCCAGUCGAGGUGCUGAAGGACACGCAUGCUCAAAUCAUCUCCUGUAUAACGUUUAUUACAAAUGUCCCUGUGAAAAUGGUCUGAAAUGUGACGGUGAUAAAUCCAUCAUUGGUUCGAUAACAAACACUAACUUUGGUGCUUGCAAGGACCCAAACAGCAUUGCUUAAGAUUCACAAGCCAAACAAAAUGCACCGAAGUUGAUCUUUGCUCCAUGAACAAACUUUUGUUGACUAAAGUAAACUUGCAAAGUCUGUAUUUGAAUAUUGCAGAUAUGGUUACAAUUGAAACAUUAAUUCGAAGGUAAUAGGAUUGCAACUAUAUAGGCUAACAAUCAUAUUUUAGCUAAUAACCAGUCAUAAUUUUACUGAUUAAGUUCAGGAAGGAUGCUGCUUCUAAUAAAAUUCUAUUGCAGCUUGCCUCAAAAAUCUCGUAUCUUUUACAUGGCUAUAUACUCCCUAAUAAGUUGAAUAUUUACAUAUGAAAUGUAGCACUCUAUAGUACAAGACAAAAUGAGAUAAAAAGUAGAAAUGUGCACCUUUAUUCUGUACUCUUUACUUAUAUUGAAAUGAUGAUAUUGUUAAAGAAAAUCAUGUUUAAUUUGUUAUGAUAAAGUUUACAUUUUGAAAAUUAUAAUAAAGAUUUAUCUAAU